UCUAUAUAUGUACUCUUCCUCGUACCAAGAACUCACAGUUUCCUUGCCCAACAUAUGCUAUAUUGUCAGACAACGUUGUUUGACCACACAAAGCUCUCAUGGAAACCAGCUUUGAUACUGUCCCUCAAUUCUUAGCAACCUUUCUCUCCGCCCUAGCCGUUCUAGCUUGCAUAACCUUACUCUGCAAGUCCCACAAGUCAAGAAGGCCAUGCAACACCCGGCCACUGCCACAGCCCGAAGGCUGCUGGCCGAUCAUCGGCCAUCUCCACCUGUUCCACAAACAACAGCUCACCCACAAGACCCUGUCCAAUAUGGCCGACAAGUAUGGACCAAUAUUCACUGUAAAACUCGGCUCACACAGAGCCCUGGUUGUGAGCAGCUGGGAGGUCGCCAGAGAGUGCUUUACCGUCCAUGACAAGGUCUUCUCCACCCGACCCAUCAUUGCCGCCACAAGGCUCAUGGGCUACAACUGUGCCAUGUUUGGCUUCGCCCCCUACGGGCCUUACUGGCGUGAAAUGCGUAGGAUUGUCAUGGUUGAGUUGCUAUCAAAUGCGCAACUUGACAAGAUGAGGCACAUGAAGGCCUCCGAGGUUGACAAUGUGAUCAAGGAGCUCUAUGAACAUUCAUCGGUAAGAGGCAGCUCUCCUGUGGACAUGAAAAGGUGGUUCGGAGAUCUGAACCUUAACUUCAGUCUGCGCUUAGUAGGAGGGAAGCAAUAUCGAAAUUCUGAGGAGAAAGACCCCGAGUACUGUCGGAGAUUGGCGAGGGACUUCUUCAACAUGUUUGGUGUUUUUGUGCUGUCUGAUGCAAUCCCCAUGCUUGGUUGGUGGGAUAUGAAUGGGUAUAAGAAGUUGAUGAAGGAAACUGCCGAAGGAAUGGAUGCUUUGGUUGGAGGGUGGCUAGAGGAACAUAAGAGAAGGAGAUUGUUGAGGAAAGAGGGCAAGGAGUUGGAAGAUGAUGAUGAGAAAGAUUUCAUGGCUGUGUUGAUUGACAAUCUCGAUGGAGCCGGCAUGUCGGGUUUCGACGCCGAUACUGUAAUCAAGUCGACUUGUGCGAAUCUUCUGGUAGCUGGAAGUGACACUGCCAUGGUGGUGCUAACAUGGGCCCUGUCGCUGCUGCUCAAUAACCGCGAUGCGUUAAGGAAAGCCCAGGAUGAGUUGGACAUCCAUGUUGGAAGGGAUCGGCGUGUGGAAGAAUCCGACAUCAGAAACCUCAUCUACCUGCAGGCAGUCAUCAAGGAAACCAUGCGACUGUAUCCGCCAGGCCCAAUCCUUGGACUCAGAGAAGCCAUGGAAGACUGCAUCUUUACCUCCUCGGGCAGCAGCUACCACAUCCCAGCAGGCACACGGUUGUUGGUGAAUGUAUAUAAGAUCCAGAGGGACAAGCGAAUGUGGCCAGAUCCAGAGGAGUUCAAGCCAGAGAGGUUCUUCACUGAGGCCCAUAGGGACGUGGAUGUUAGGGGUCAGAGCUUUGAGCUAAUGCCAUUUGGGUCGGGCCGCAGGGCUUGUGCGGGUAUUGGCUUGGGUAUAGUUCUGAUUCACCUUGCCCUGGCUAGUCUGUUGCAGGGCUUUAAUGUAAGUACGGCUGGGAAUGCAAGCGUGGACAUGACAGAGAGCUCCGGCCUGGCUAAUUUGAAGGCAACCCCGCUUGAAGUCUUGGUGACUCCAAGGCUUAACCCCAAGCUCUAUGGACAAUAGAUGGACGAUCCUAUGCCAUUAUGUGCACAUUACGUACCUCAUUGUAAUAUUAAGGCGCGUCACUUACAAGUGAAGUAAUCAUCUGCAUGUAGAACUUAAGUUUCUUUCAUGGAACAUUACAUACAGGAUAUAUAGUGUUUGCUAUAUAUAAGAUAUAUAGUGCACAUUUUAUUUCUUAUA